AUGCUUUAUGGCAAAACAGCCUAUUAUGCAGCCUUGUCUGCCUCGCCAUCCCCGCACACUCGGCCUGUACGUGCCAACCUCAGCCCGUCCUCGCCAUCCCCGCACACUCGGCCUGUACGUGCCAACCUCAGCCCGUCCUCGCCAUCCCCGCACACUCGGCCUGUACGUGCCAACCUCAGCCCGUCCUCGCCAUCCCCGCACACUCGGCCUGUACGUGCCAACCUCAGCCCCAUCCUCCUCGCCAUCCCCGCACACUCGGCCUGUACGUGCCAACCUCAGCCCGUCCUCGCCAUCCCCGCACACUCGGCCUGUACGUGCCAACCUCAGCCCGUCCUCACUAUCCCCGCACACUCGGCCUGUACGUGCCAACCUCAGCCCCAUCCUCCUCGCCAUCCCCGCACACUCGGCCUGUACGUGCCAACCUCAGCCCCAUCCUCCUCGCCAUCCCCGCACACUCGGCCUGUACGUGCCAACCUCAGCCCGUCCUCACCAUCCCCGCACACUCGGCCUGUACGUGCCAACCUCAGCCCGUCCUCGCCAUCCCCGCACACUCGGCCUGUACGUGCCAACCUCAGCCCCAUCCUCCUCGCCAUCCCCGCACACUCGGCCUGUACGUGCCAACCUCAGCCCCAUCCUCCUCGCCAUCCCCGCACACUCGGCCUGUACGUGCCAACCUCAGCCCGUCCUCGCCAUCCCCGCACACUCGGCCUGUACGUGCCAACCUCAGCCCCAUCCUCCUCGCCAUCCCCGCACACUCGGCCUGUAUAG